UAGGACAACAAAGAAAGAAUAAAAAACAGUCACUCAUUUCUAUUACCACCAUUCCCUUUGCUUUGCUUUCCAUCUAAGCCCCCCAACUCCCUUCUUUUACACCUCUCUCUCUUCCUUCAAGAACCCUCUGCUCUCAUUUUUCUGCUACAAUCAUCAUAAACCACAGAAAAGGAUUCAAGUACUCUUUACCAAAAACAGGGUUCACUUCUCCCAUCUUAAUUUCAGGUACAUCAAAAAUUACCAUAAUUACAUUUUUUUUCCUCUAGUCUUGAAAGUUUUUAUUUUGUUUUUGCCAAUUUCAAGUUAUUUCUUCCGAUUUAUGAAGGAGUAGCUAGGGAAAAUAUGGGUUCAGUUGGACCACCACAAGGUUUGGUACCUUAUGAAAAUGUUAGAGAUUGUUCACAGGGAUUUUGUAGUUUCAGUUGUCCUCAAUGGUGUUACAUAAUAUUCCCACCACCACCACCGUUCGGAUUCUCCGACGACGAUUCCUCCGGUACAAAUUUCUCCCCGUUAGUCAUCGCGAUUAUCGGUAUACUAGCUAGUGCUUUCCUUAUUGUUAGUUAUUAUACUGUAAUUUCUAAGUAUUGUGGGAAUUUGGGUUCAUCUAGUUCAAGAACAAACAGUGACAACAAUAAUGAGUCGAAUGAGAAUAAUCAAGAACCGUGGCAGAUUCCGAAUACCGGAUUAGACGAGGCGUUAAUUAAGACGAUAACUGUUUGUAAGUACUCGAAAAAAGAUGGAUUUAUCGACGGAACGGAUUGUUCUGUGUGUUUAAGUGAAUUCCAGGAGAAUGAGAGUUUAAGGCUUUUGCCGAAAUGUAGUCAUGCUUUUCAUCUUUCGUGUAUCGAUACAUGGCUUAAGUCGCACGCGAAUUGCCCGCUGUGCAGGGCUAACAUUGUAUGUACUAGUCCUGCGCCACUGCCUUCAGUUCAAGAUGAUAGUUCGCAAGUAUGCGAACAAGGAGAAGAACUGGAAAGGAGUAGUGGUAAUGGUAAUCGAAACGUUAGUUCUUCGGCGAGUGUUGUUGGAGACUCGGAGGAAAAUAACAAUGAUACAAUCAUUGAGAUUAGAGAUGAGGCAGGAGUUCAACAAAUUAGAAGGUCAAUAUCAAUGGGGAAUAUGUCUCGAGGAGAUCGUCUUUCUAUUGCAGACAUUUUGUGUGAUAAUCAAGAUGAGCAUUGUCAUCACGAUUCUCAUAUAACCGAAGAACAUGGAGGAUUUCAAGAGGGUACUGAAUCAUCCUCGUCGAGAAAACAAAAUGUGGGUUCAACAGCUAACAAGUUGAUUCACACUAGAAGCAAGGUGCUGCAUUGUGUUAUGAGUCCGGUCACGAUGAAACGCUCGACUUCUUCGGGUGGAAGAUUCUUGUUUGGUACCAGACAUGGAAGAUCAUCAUCAAGGAAUUUGGAUACUCUCCCAUUGUAAGAUUUAAGAAUAAGUUCAUAUAUGCCUACGGGGUUCAAGAUAGAAAACAAUACAGGUCAUGUACAAGGUCUGAAAGACAUUGCAAGAAUUCUUGUUGUAAGUUUUUCAGUACAAUUAUUUAUUGGAUUUCACUCUCAUAGAAAGAAAAAUCCCAUUCAAAAGAAAAACAUGUGUUGGAUUCUUAUUUUCAGUUCUACAUUUUGUGAA